AUGCUUCGUCCAAUGACGCCUGGUCAGGAUCAACAAUGGGACAUGAUUGAAGGUUCCAACGAUACGAUCACAUUGAAUGUCGACAGUUUGCACUUUUCUUGGGUUCUUUGGCUGCUUUACAACGAGAGCCUCCUCAUAAGCCCGUCCAUCGAGCAAUGGUCCGCAAUCCGUGCUGUUGCGAAGCAAUACAAAAUGGACUUGAUCGGCGCGUAUGCGACAAAACGGAUGGGAAAGACACUGGAUCUGGUUGAGCGCGUCCUAUCUAUCCAGCGUUUCGGUAUGCAGGAUCAAUGGACCAAAGACACAUAUGAUAUAUUCUACCAGAGGGAGGAGCCAAUAUCGGCGGAAGAGGGCGAGCGGUUGGGUUUUAAGACGUGGGCCGAGCUGAAUGCGCGAAGAGAACACUUUCUGAGGAACAUGUCGACGCAGAAGUCGUCACUAUCGGGAAAUAAGUUGAAGAAGAAGAAGAAUACAUCGGAUAUUGCCGAAACCUUCCAAUCAACGGCAUUCGAACGUCCCAAAUCAUCAAGACCGACCUCAAGCUCCUCGACAAUGGCCUCCCGCCCAACAGUCAACGUCCGCUCUGCCUCUGGAGAGGCUUCAUCUUCACUUCCGCUUCCUGCUGUAUUGACUGCUCCGAUUAGGCUCGAUGUCGUCUCGCAGGUUCACAAGAGCAUCGCAAAGAACCGCAGGCAAGCAUACUCUGUGAGCGAGAAGGCUGGCCACCAAACUAGCGCUGAAUCCUGGGGUACUGGUCGCGCUGUUGCCCGUAUUCCUCGUGUAGGUGGCGGAGGAACCCACCGAUCUGGCCAGGCCGCAUUCGGUAACAUGUGCCGUGGUGGACGCAUGUUCGCCCCCACCAAGAUCUGGCGCAAAUGGCACGUCAAGGUCAACCAGAACCAACGCCGAUUUGCCGUAGUUUCUGCCCUCGCCGCUUCUGCCCUCCCUUCUCUCGUCCUUGCUCGUGGCCACCGCAUUGAGCAGAUCGAAGAAGUCCCCCUCGUCGUCAGCGCUGCCACCGAGUCGUUCAAAAAGACAAAGGAGGCCGUCACACUCCUCAAGGCGCUCCACGCCUACGCCGACGUCGUCAAGGUUUCUAACUCGCGCAAAUUGCGCGCAGGCAAGGGCAAGCUCCGCAAUCGCCGCCACAGACAGCGCCGCGGCCCCCUUGUCGUGUACAACGAAGACAAUGGGAUCGUGAAAGCGUUCCGCAACUUGCCCGGUGUAGAGUUGGUGAACGUGAGGAGGCUGAACCUCCUCCAGCUCGCUCCUGGUGGCCAUCUCGGCCGAUUUGUGAUCUGGACCGAAGGUGCAUUCGGGCUCCUUGACGAGGUCUACGGAACCUUCGACAAGGCGUCUGUAUACAAGAAGGACUACCUCCUCCCCACUGCCAAAAUCUCCAACCCCGAUGUCACGCGCCUCAUCAACAGCGACGAAAUCCAGUCUGUCGUUCGCCCUGCGGGACAGAAGGUCCAAAAGCGCCCUUGGACGCAGAAGAAGAACCCGCUCACGAACAAGACCGUGCUCUUCCGCCUCAACCCCUACGCCAAGACGCUUCGCAAGCAAGAACUGCGUAAGUUCAUAACCAUCAGGCAAGAGCGCGGGGAGAAGAAGAAGAAAGAGUCUGCCGCCGGCGAGACCUUCUUGCAGACUCUCCACGCUCCUUAA